AUGCAGAAGAGAUCUUGGACAAUCAUGGCGAAGAUGGACCAAACGAAUACGCUGGACGGAGCAGGAGGAGCUACAAGCCCUCCAAGUGAGCUGGAACAGGCGCAGAUCAUCUGCGUGAUUGGCGGGCCAGGUGUUGGCAAAGGCACGCAAUGCGCAAGACUGGUGACCGACCUCGGCGUUUUGCACCUGUCUGUCGGCGACCUUCUCAGAGCCGGAGCAGACAAAAUAUUGACGAAGCAGGGGAUCGACAUCGUGGCCUACAUGCGAGACGGCAAGCUUGUACCUAAGGAAACCGUUCAGGGUAUCUUGGAGGACGCUAUUGUCUUCAGUGUCAAAGCAGGAAAGACUCACAUCCUGCUGGACGGCUUCCCCAGGAGUGUGGACCAGACGAAGCUGUUCGAAGCUAGCAAUUGCAAGAUCAAGGCAAUGUUGUUGUUUCAAGGGUCUAGAGAGACCUUGCUUCAACGCGUGCUCAACCGAGCAAAGACCUCUGGCCGCGUUGACGACACGGAGGCCAUAUUCGAAAAACGGUACCAAGGGUUCCUUGAUGAGAGCGAAGAGAUCAUCCGCUAUUUCGAACAGGAGGAAAAGCUUGUCAAGCGCAUCUUCUCCGGCGGGCCCAACGAGGGAAAGGGUCUUGGAAGUCUCGACGGCGAAGGGGCUGGUGGGGGGAACUAA